UUACCAGUGGGACGCGCCGUCACCCGACGCGCUGCGUAGUUCUCGUGUAAAGUGCUGACGCUGUUUAAGUGACCUUGUACUUGCACAAUCUUAGUGAUUACCACGUAGUAACCUCAGUGCUAGCGUACAUAACCUCCAAAAUGUCAGACAACACGCAGGACGUGCUUCAGGAUGCGGCUGCCGCGGCCGUAGCUGGCGGAUCGCUAUUUAGCACAUUUGAUAUAAUCAUGCUCGUCGUAUUACUGGGUGCAGCCGUGUGGUGGCUUUACAAUUCUAGAAAAGAAAACAAGAAAGAUGAGAUACUUCUCAGUAAAUAUUCAAUUCAGCCAGCAGGAUCAAUACAAGUCACAGAGAACUCGUUUAUAAAGAAAUUACAACAAUCGGGAAGAAGUUUGGUUGUCUUCUAUGGAUCACAAACGGGCACUGGUGAAGAGUUCGCCGGACGCCUUGCGAAAGAAGGCAUGCGAUAUAAAAUGAAAGGCAUGGUUGCCGACCCGGAAGAAUGUGAUAUGGAAGAACUUACGAAACUUAAAGAAAUACCAAAUUCCUUGGCUGUAUUCUGUAUGGCAACAUAUGGCGAAGGAGAUCCUACUGACAAUGCAAUGGAAUUGUACGAAUGGUUGAAGAAUGGAGAACCAGACCUAACCGGAUUGAAUUACGCAGUUUUUGGUUUAGGAAAUAAGACUUAUGAACACUACAAUGCUGUAGCUAUAUAUUUAGAUAAACGCCUUGAGGAACUGGGAGCCACAAGAGUCUAUGAGCUGGGUCUUGGAGACGAUGAUGCUAACAUUGAAGAUGACUUCAUCACAUGGAAGGAUAAGUUCUGGCCUGCAGUGUGUGAGAUGUUCAACAUUGAGAGUACUGGGGAAGAAGAGCUGACCAGACAGUUCCGUCUGGUUACCCACAAACCUGAGGAAAUACCACCGGAGAACAUCUUCACUGGUGAAAUAGCUAGACUGCACUCCCUUCAAGUUCAACGACCACCUUACGAUGCCAAAAAUCCCUUCCUUGCUCAAAUCAAAGUCAACCGAGAGUUACACAAAGGCGGUGACAGGUCUUGUCUGCAUGUAGAGUUAGACAUUACCGACUCUAAAAUGCGAUAUGAAGCAGGAGACCACGUGGCGGUGUAUCCGAUUAACGACAUCAAUCUCGUGAACCGGCUGGGCGAGCUGUCUGGCACCAACUUGGACGACAUAUUCUCGCUCAUCAACACAGACUCGGAGAGCAGCAAGAAGCACCCUUUCCCCUGCCCAACCUCAUACAGGACGGCCCUCCAGCACUAUGUGGAGAUCACUGCCCUGCCCCGCACGCACAUUCUCAGAGAACUCGUGGAAUACUGCUCAGAUGAGGAGGACAAAAAGAAGUUGAUGCUGAUGGCGACAAACUCACAAGAAGGCAAGGCCUUGUACCACUCGUUCGUAGUCGACGCGUGUAGGAACAUAGUGCACAUUCUCGAGGACAUCAAGUCAUGUAAACCGCCGCUGGACCACCUCUGCGAGUUGCUUCCGCGCCUGCAGCCCAGAUACUACUCUAUUUCAUCUAGCCCUAAGCUGCACCCGAACACAGUGCACGUGACGGCGGUGGUGGUGCAGUACAAGACGCCCACAGGCCGCGUCAACAAGGGUGUCACCACCACAUGGCUCGCCGAGAACAAGCCCGAGCCCGGCAAGCCGCUGCCCAGGGUGCCAGUCUACAUUAGAAAAUCACAAUUCAGGUUACCGCUGCAAACCCAGACACCGAUAUUGAUGGUGGGUCCCGGCACCGGUUUGGCGCCUUUCCGCGGGUUCCUGCAGGAGAGAGCGUUCGCGCGCGCCAACGGCAAGGAGGUCGGGGACAAUAUCCUCUACUUCGGCUGCCGGCAUCGGGAUCAAGACUAUAUUUAUCAAGAGGAACUUGAAGAAUUCCAAAAGAAUGGCGAUGUUAAGUUAAAUCUCGCUUUCUCGCGAGACCAACCGCAGAAGGUGUAUGUUACGCAUCUUCUUGAGAAGAACCUGGACCAGAUAUGGGACGUCAUCGGUCACCGAAACGGACAUUUCUACAUUUGCGGUGACGCGAAGAAUAUGGCUGUGGACGUCCGGAAUAUUAUCCUGAAGGCGGUGCAGGAGAAGGGCGGCCGCACCGAGGCGGAGGCCGUGCAGUUCCUCAAGAAACUGGAGUCCAUGAAGAAGUAUUCAGCAGACGUCUGGAGCUAGAAGUAUCUACUCCCUAGAAUAAUUUGUCCAAUCGUAGACAAUCUAUAAAAUAUAGAGUGACUAAUGAAAUUCUAUGCAAACAAUGGGCACAAUUUUAAUUUACCAACCAUAUGACGAAUUUGUUAAUAACACAAUUUUCUCAAUUUCGAUACCAUCUUGAAACAAACGAUAUAAUUAUUAUAAUAAUUAGAUGAAGUUUCUGUUAUUUUUCUGUAAAAUAUUGUUACAGAAAAUUGAAUUUUGUAUUGGAAGUUGUAAUUUAUAGAUAGUUAUAUUUAUUGAAUGUUGAACACAGAACAAUUUGUUAAUGGCGCCGUUAAGGACAUUGGUUACUUCCGUUAUGAAUUAUUGAACAAUUGUUAUUGUACUACGGUACUGCGGUAAAAGUGGUACUUUGUAAAGUACAAAUAAAAGAAAUAUAUUACGUAUAUAUUACUACAGUUAUAUUUCGAAUCAUUUUGUUGUCUCCUCUCAUAUUAUUUGCUCUCCUUCCUUUCUAACGGACACGGCCAAUGUCAUAAAAGUCGAAUGUUUUUAUUGUGAUGGUUGUUACAGAUGUGAGAAUUACACUAUUUGAAAUUGUUGGUAAAUGUUUUUAUGUAAGUGGACUGGGCCAUAGACUUAAGGAUUAGUUGCAUAUACUAUAAGUUUUAUAUAAUUAUAACAUCAGUAAACUGUUUUAUAUACGAA